AUGAGCUACAAUACUCCGUUCUCCCAUAAUUCUCAAUUCAGGUUCAUUGUUGUGGAAGCUCUGUUUGGUCAACUAGAGACAGCCAGACACUUCUCCGAGCAGAUGGAGGAUUUCUCCAAUGACCUUUUCAGCAGUUUCUUUGAUGAUCAUCUGUUGGCGGAGAGGAAUCCACUGUUGGAUAUGGAUCUGGACCCUCCAAACCCUGCCAUCCAGGCAGAACACAGCUAUUCUCUCAGUGGGGACUCUGCCCCACAGAGCCCCUCCAUGCCCAUCAAAUCAGAUGAUGAUGCAGACUCUGAAGGGAUGUGGUCGUUCAGUCAGGAUCUCACAGCCAUUCUAGUGAAGCAGGAGCCCAGCCUGAUGUCGGAGAGCUGCCCUGAUACAGCGCCCCCUCUGGCCAACACCAGCACCUGCUCACAACCCCUCACUCUUGCCCCUCCGCCACAGAGGAACCGCACAGGGGAGAAGAUUUCCAAAGGCCUGAGCUCAAACUCUGUUCCUGCCAUCAAAGCAGAGCCCAGAGAGGUGAACCAGUUCCUCAGUGUGCCCUCAGAUGAGCAUCUGCGGUUGCCACCCACUCCUCCCAGCAGUCAUGGCAGCGACAGCGACGGAUCCCAGAGCCCACACUCACUGCCACCAUUAAGCCCUGGCCACCUGCAGAGCCCACAGUCACUGCCUCCGUCCAGCCCUGCCCGGCUACAGGCCCGGACCUCCACAGCCAUCUCCUCGUCCCCUCUCCUCACUGCCCCGCAUAAGCUGCAAGGAACAUCAGGCCCUUUGAUGCUGACAGAGGAAGAGAAGAGGACUUUGAUUGCUGAGGGAUAUCCUGUCCCCAACAAACUACCACUUACCAAAACUGAGGAGAAAGCCCUCAAACGGGUGCGCAGGAAAAUAAAAAAUAAGAUCUCUGCACAGGAAAGCCGCAGGAAGAAGAAGGAAUAUGUGGAGUGUUUGGAGAAAAAAGUUGAGAACUAUACUUCAGAGAAUAAUGAACUGUGGAAAAAAGUAGAGACACUCGAGAAUGCCAACAGGUCUCUACUCCAACAGCUUCAAAGACUUCAGGCUCUAGUGAGCGGGAAAGUGCCUCGGUCCUGCAAGAUCGCCUCCACACAGACAGGAACAUGCCUAAUGGUGGUGGCGCUGUGUUUUGUGUUGGUGCUGGGCUCGCUGGCUCCCUGCCUGUCUGGGCUCUCCCUCUACUCUUCCUCCUUAUCCUCAUCAUCCUCACACACGGUGAAGUCAGCACCGCUGCCCUCAGGUGACCUCUACACCACCAGCCAGGUCCGCUCCCGCAGCCUGCUCUUCUAUGACGAGGGUGCCCCAGUGGAGGACGGCCACAGGGGCGUGCUGAGCGUGGACAGGAUGGAGGGGGUGCCGCGACGUGUACAGGACCUGAAAGACAGACACGUGCAGGAUCGGUCUGCUCUUGUGAGCAGGUACUUGAGCCAGGCCCAACCGGAGCCUGCAAGCUACAGCAACACGUCCGCGGCCCCACUCCGUCCCCCAGAAGCACACUACCACUCCAGAAAGCAGGAUCCUGAGGGAGGAGCUGAAUAUUUUUAACCCCUCUGGGUCGAGCUGCCUCAUCACACAGGCCUCCAUUGACGUCCGAUGAUCCUGCACUACUUGGCCUUCGACCCUUGCUGUUACAGAUCCUGAGUCUCCUGACACCGUCCUAACAAACAAACAAGCCUCAUGCCACAAUCCAACCCCAAUGACAUUCAGCCCCAGAACUGUGAGAAGAGAAAUGUGUCCAUCCAUACACUGAAACUCUCCUUUACCAGCAAGCACUGAGGUUACGGACUGAGAGAGAAGAGAGGAGAUGGAUGUGAUUCUCUAAACCCUUCACACACAGGGUGCGGGAGGGAAAGUACAUGAGUGUUUGUUUUGAUUUUUCUAAAAAGCCAUGAGACUGUCCAUUUACUACAUAUCCUUACUUCAACCCCCUUUCUUCGUUUUAUGAUGACUUUUCAAAUCUCUGAAUGUUUUCCAGCAGGUGUAAUCACAGGUGCCUGAUGUACUCUGCAGUUUCUUCCUCUGCCAUCUUGGCUUGUUUUGUUUUUUCUAGCUGGAUUGCACUUUUUUUGCACUAGGAAAACCAAUUGAUUUAAGUGCCUUCACAUUCUUUUUCACAUAGUCAUAUUUAAGAUGCUCCUAAUCGCAUAGUUUCCUCUAAAACUUUUACUUCACUUACUUUUAUUAAUGCGUUUUAUUUUCGUUUUCUACUUUUAAAAGGCAGAGGCUUUUGUACUGAAAUAAAAGUUUAUCCAUAAUAUAUUCUAGUAUUUGCAGCAUCCAAAAAGAGCAUAUUUAUUUUAUGCACAAAAAAAAAAAAAUGAAAGUUAUUGAUUGUUUGUUUUUUAAAUGAAAGAUGAUGUAAAGUUUACAUGGUCUUGUUGUAAUAACUGUUAAACAGUUUUUUUUUCAGUUAUCUUUAUUUCUGUGUAAAGAAAGUUUUGUAUAUAUAGAGAAAAGGGAACAGGGAUGAUCAAAUCCUGUGCACAUCUGAUCACGUUCAAUUUCUGAAGAAUUCUGUACAAUCCAUAUGAAUCCAUUACAAAACCAUGGCUAUAAUGGAUAAACAAUUGAAAACAAAGUUGUUCCCUUUAACAAAAGUGAACCUCUUUAAAAAUUAAUGUUAUUUAAACACAUUUUUCUGAUUAUGGAAUACUUGCUAGUUUAGACUGUCUAUAUUCUGUACAUGAGCGAACUGUGACCACUGUAAAAUUCACCGCAAAUAUCUGGGAGUUGAUAGAGCAGUUAUGUAAAUAUGAUUUACGGUUGUCUUUUUCUUUUCUUAAAGGAGAGAAUUGUUUUUAUGUUAUAGAUGUCGCUGUUUAGAAACUAUUUGUUAUUCAUAAAAUCAUUGUCUUUUGAUUUUUCUUUAUUAAAUCAAUUUCCGUGAUGUCCUCUGAUGCUUUAGCCGCAAUAUAAUUUUUAUCGUACAGCUAGAGAUAACCACUGAUAUUUUCAUGCUCAAGUUGUUUUUUUUGGUGCUUAUUAAACUUUAGUAAUGAAAGUGGUUGUCACAAAGGAAUUCAUCACUGCCAGUUUUAAUAAAUUACUCUGUGGUAUAUGUGCCAUAACACAAUGGGAAAAAAAACCCACAACUGUAGAUAACAUCCUAUUGUCAGUGUAAAUCUAAAUUCACUGUAGUAGUUUUUUUUUUUUUUUUACUGAAUGUUUAUUGGUUUUUAACAGGAAUAUUCACCGUAGUUUUAAAGAGCUUUUUGACUUCAUUGCACAAUGUUCACAGAAAAUUUGUCUCAAACCUGGAACCCCAGAAUAUCUUGAGUGUUCUGGAAUUGAAUCUAAUGCCCAGACUAUCAAUGGAGUUUAUGCUUUAAAUGUAAUUGUUGCUGAUAUUACCUGUAUCUCUGCCCUUUGUACAUAUGACUGAUUAUAUGGUUGGUUGUAAAUAUGGAGGACGUAUUUUUAUAUUUCCCGUGCAUUUUGUUAAUCACCACGCGGCUUGGGUUGAUUUGUAUCUAUGUAUGAAUCUGGCUCUGUAUCUAAGCUCUGAACCUCUUGUUUUUUCUGUCUUAUCUAAAGUAGAAUUAGAAUGAAGCAAAAUACAAAAAUUUGCAGAUGCAA